ACAAAUGAUUUAGACUAUUAUAAUAAAUGUUUAUGUUAUAAAUAUGUGAAUAGAUUUACAAACAAUGAUAGCGGUGAAGUUGCUUUGGAUUUUUAUGAUUUUGAUACGACUAUGGUUUGGUGCUGGCGACUUGUGUUAUGCACAAUCCACUCUCGUGGCGUUCCAAGACCUGCUGCCGGAAGACCCAAGGCUGUACGACAAGAUGCGCCCGCCGAAAAAGGACGACCAGCCCACCAUCGUCAACUUCCACGUCACAGUCAUGGGCCUCGACUCCAUCGACGAGAAUUCCAUGACGUACGCUGCUGACAUUUUCUUUGCCCAAACUUGGAAAGACUUCAGACUACGGUUACCUGAAAAUAUGACGACGGAGUACAGAUUGCUGGAAGUGGACUGGCUGAAACAGAUGUGGCGGCCCGACUCCUUCUUCAAGAACGCCAAGUCGGUGACCUUCCAGACGAUGACCAUACCCAACCACUACGUCUGGCUGUAUAAGGACAAGACCAUCCUGUACAUGGUGAAGCUGACCCUCAAGCUGUCCUGUGCUAUGAACUUCCUUAUUUACCCGCACGAUACCCAGGAGUGCAAGCUGCAGAUGGAGAGCUUGUCCCACACGACGGACGACCUGAUCUUCCAGUGGGACCCGGAGGUGCCUCUGGUGGUGGACGAGAACAUAGAACUGCCCCAACUGGAGCUGGUCCAGAACAGAACCGCUGAUUGUACGCAGGUGUACUCUACAGGUAACUUCACAUGUCUGGAGGUGAUAUUCAAGCUGAAGCGGCGCCUGGGCUAUCACCUGUUCAACACAUACAUACCGACAUGUCUCAUCGUCAUUAUGUCUUGGGUGUCAUUCUGGAUCAAGCCGGACGCGGCGCCGGCGCGCGUGACGCUCGGGGUGACGUCGCUGCUUACGUUGUCCACGCAGCACGCCAAGUCGCAGGCGCAGCUGCCACCCGUCUCCUACCUGAAAGCGGUCGACGCGUUCAUGUCUGUGUGUACAGUGUUCGUGUUUAUGGCUCUGAUGGAAUACUGUCUUAUUAAUAUCAUCGUGGACGACAGAGCUGCUAAACCUAAGUCUCCAGAGGAGAUGGCGAAGGCGAAGGCUCGCGCGGUGUCCAUUGACCGCUUCUCGCGCGUGUUCUUCCCCGUGCUAUUCGCUCUCCUCAACGCCACCUACUGGAUCCAGUUCGCCCAGUACAUCUGAGUCAACUAAACCUCCUACGCUCUAGAAUAGACUAGAUGUUCACGACACAAGCGCUGAUCAGUAUAUUGGUUUAAUAUAAACGUCAAAGUGGGCUGUCAUUAUGGCGGUUGGC